AUGGCGCCCGCACAACCAGAAUUGAAGAAGUACCUCGACAAGCGGCUGUUCGUUCAGCUGAACGGCAGCCGGAAGGUUAUCGGCGUCCUCCGUGGCUACGAUGUCUUCCUAAACAUUGUUUUAGACGAAGCGGUCGAGGAAAAGGAUGGCGGCGAGAAGGUGAAAAUUGGCAUGGUGGUCAUUCGCGGAAACUCGAUCGUCAUGCUCGAGGCGCUUGAGAGGAUCGGUGGCGAUGAUAGGAGACAACAACAACAUCAAUGA